GGGGGGAGGGGUGGGGGGUGGGGAGAGACCCGGCGGCGGCGACAGGGCGAGGAGCAGAGCGCGGUGCCAGGGGGGUGGGGGCACUGGUGCCCGUUUGGGGAGGGAGCAGGCGGAGGGGGUAAGCUGCGAUUACAAGCAGGAACCGGCAGCAGCUGAGGCCCCGUGUGGGCCGUGGCCCGGCCCUCACCAUGGAGUCCAUGUUCGAGGACGACAUCAGCAUACUGACGCAGGAGGCCCUGGGGCCCAGUGAAGUGUGGCUAGACGGUCCCGGAGACCCCUCGCUUGGGGACGACAUGUGCUCUGCCUCCCACUUUGCGCUCAUCACGGCUUACGGAGACAUCAAGGAACGGCUGGGGGGCCUGGAGAGGGAGAACGCCACCCUCCGACGCCGCCUCAAAGUCUAUGAGAUCAAGUACCCACUGAUCAGUGACUUUGGAGAGGAGCAUGGCUUUUCUCUGUAUGAAAUCAAGGAUGGCUCCCUGCUGGAGGUGGAGAAGGUCAGCCUGCAGCAACGGCUCAACCAGUUCCAGCACGAGUUACAGAAGAACAAGGAGCAGGAAGAACAGCUUGGAGAGAUGAUCCAGGCCUAUGAGAAACUCUGCGUGGAGAAGAGCGACUUGGAGACGGAGCUGGGGGAGAUGAGGGCCCUGGUGGAGACACACCUGCGCCAGAUCUGUGGUUUGGAGCAGCAGCUGCGGCAACAGCAAGGCCUCCGGGAUGCAGCCUUCUCCAACCUGAGCCCGCCGCCAGCCCCCGCGCCGCCCUGCGCUGAUUUAGACCUGCACUACUUGGCACUGAGAGGGGGAUCUGGCUUGAGUCAUGCAGGCUGGCCGGGCCCCACACCCAGUGUGAGUGACCUGGAGCGGCGGCGGCUAGAAGAGGCUUUGGAGGCUGCGCAGGGAGAGGCCCGGGGGGCUCAGCUCCGGGAGGAGCAGCUCCAGGCAGAGUGCGAGCGGCUGCAGGGGGAGCUGAAGCAGCUGCAGGAGACCCGGGCCCAGGAUCUGGCCUCCAACCAGUCGGAGAGGGACAUGGCAUGGGUGAAAAGAGUUGGGGACGAUCAGGUGAAUUUGGCGCUGGCCUACACCGAGCUGACAGAGGAGCUGGGCCGGCUUCGGGAGUUGAGUUCCCUACAGGGGAGAAUCUUGAGGACUCUGUUACAGGAGCAGGCCCGGAGUGGCGGCCAGAGGCAUUCGCCGCUGUCACAGCGCCACUCGCCGGCCCCCCAGUGCCCCUCCCCCUCCCCGCCUGCCCGAGCGGCUCCCCCUUGUCCCCCGUGCCAAUCCCCCGUCCCCCAGCGCCGCUCUCCCGUACCCCCGUGCCCCUCGCCGCAGCAGCGCCGCUCUCCGGCCUCGCCCUCCUGCCCGUCGCCCGUCCCGCAGCGCCGCUCGCCGGUGCCGCCGCCGUGCCAGUCCCCCAGCCCGCAGCGCCGUUCCCCGGUGCCCCCCAGCUGCCCGGCCCCGCAGCCCCGGCCGCCGCCGCCGCCCCCGCCGGGCGAGAGGACGCUGGCCGAGCGCCCCUACGCCAAGCCGCCCAGCCACCACGUGAAGGCCGGCUUCCAGGGCCGCCGCAGCUACUCAGAGCUGGCGGAGGGCGCGGCCUACAUGGGCGCCUCCGCGCCCUGGCUGCAGGCCGAGGCGGCCACGCUCCCCAAGCCCCGGGCCUACGGCAGCGAGCUCUACGGCCCCGGCAGGCCCCUCAGCCCUCGGCGCGCCUUCGAGGGCAUCCGGCUGCGCUUCGAGAAGCAGCCGUCGGAGGAGGACGAGUGGGCUGUGCCCACCAGCCCGCCCAGCCCGGAGGUGGGCACUAUCCGCUGCGCCUCCUUCUGCGCGGGCUUCCCCAUCCCGGAGUCGCCAGCCGCCACCGCCUACGUCCACGCCGAGCACGCGCAGUCCUGGCCGUCCAUCAACUUGCUGAUGGAGACGGUGGGCUCCGACAUCCGCAGCUGCCCCCUCUGCCAGCUGGGUUUCCCUGUCGGGUACCCGGAUGAUGCCCUCAUCAAACACAUUGACUCCCACCUGGAGAACAGCAAGAUCUAGGGCACCACCCCCACCCACUGGCUGUUUCUCUGUCCUCUCCUAUCACCCCCAAACACUCACUUUGAAUGCUGCAUGAAUUUCGUGGGGGGUCCCUGCCCCUUGCGACCCCCAGAUACCUCCACUUGCUACCGAGUCAACGUGCGUGCCGUCUUCCCUGGUCCAGGCACCACUCAGCUCUGGCUCUUCCUGGGAGGUCAGUCGAGGCUCCCCCCAUGCUCCUGGUUUCUGCUUGGGAGGUGGGGACUUGGGCUGGGAUGGGGAUGGCAUACCCCUCCCAGGCCUCUCCUUCUGCCUUUCUGUUCUUAAACAGGGUUGGAUCCAGGAAGGUGUCCAGUGCUUGGGCCUGGGGUGGGGGGAAGGUGUUAGAGGACUCCAGGAGCUCCUGCACCCCUCCCCAAAUGUCCGUCUUUUUCAGAUGGGGCUCUGUCUGGGGAGCACCCACAGGCUGUCUUUGGGGUCUCAGAGCCUGCUCUGAGCACUGACCCCAGUUCCUCCAUCCUGUGGCCAGCCUAGGGCUCAUGGCAUGGGCCCCCAUUGUGGGAGGGAGAUAUCUUGUUUCUUGACGUUCCCUACAGGCCAGCCCUGUCCUCCUUUCCCUGUUCUGCCCACUCUGAGGAAUAGGGAGGGGUGGAGAGGAGAGGGAGGAUCCUGGAGGACUGGGAAGAUCUAGCAUAAGGAGUCUUCUCUGAGGGCCAGGGCCAGACACCCCUAUGGUCAGGGGACUGUCUGCCAGCCUCCCAGGCCCAUGCCCUCCUGACACCCCUAGUACUGAGGCACAGAUUGUGAAGGCAGAUGCCCCUUCAACCCUCCACUGGAGCCCCUGACACCACAGGUGCCCUGGAGCCCUUGUGUGACUCAGCCUCUGUUAGCUGGGUGGGUGUCACCAGCCCCUGCCUCCCAGGCCAGAACCUGAGAACGGGCCCAGGGUGCUGUGGAGAUCAACUUCAAAAGAGCUAACCCCUUCCCACACUCCACCCACCCACCUACAUUUCCUCUGUGAAAUCUACCUCAGAGUUGUACCCUCAGAAGGACGGGUAUGCAGGAGGCCAGGGGGUCUCCAGGGCUGAGGUGGGGAGCCUUCUACGGCAAAAGCCUGCCACCCCACAAUGAAUCCACCCCGCUCCACUGCGCGCCUCUCCCAGGUCUCAGCUCCAGGCAGGGAGCAGUGGCCGCUACCGACAGCGCAUGUCCCGCUCUUAUCCAACUCUUCCAGACUCCACCUCCCUGCACCCCUCCCCUCCAUAGAGCAGGGGAGUGAAGGGGUGCGUCGGGCGGGGAAGGGGCCAAGGACAUGUCUUUGUACCCUGAGCAUCCCCAGGGAGGGGAAAUGGGGAAGGGGGCCUGGAGAGGGGAGGUAGGGGCCCCUGUGCUCUCUGAACAAGUUAAAAGUCCAAAUAAAACUUACCUGUUCCAUCUGU